UGAACAGUGCAUGUCUCUCUCCUCUCCUUUUCUUAUCUUCCUCUCAUUUGGACCAUUCUAUUGUCAAAUCAAAAUCUCAUAUUUCUAGCAAUGGCGACGGCUCAUUUACGUCUCAGCCAACGCAUGCCUCUCCAUCCACUGAAUAACACUGCCACUGUUACUGCCACUGACUCUGUGCUUGUUUCGAAUCCCAAGCAACAGUAUCGGAUUCUCCAUUCCGACGAACGGAACCUACUGAACCAUCAACAUCCGGUUACGGCCACCGCCACCGAGAAAAUGGAGACGACGGCGUUAGAUUUGAAUUCGUCGUUGGCGGAGGAGCUCAACGCCGUAAGGAUGAAGACGGAGCGUUUGAGAUUGGAUAAAGAGAAGACGGAGAAGAUGUUGAAAGAGAGGGAAGCAUUGCUUCUUUUGCAAAUGAAAGAGAUCGAAGAGCGAGGUCAGAUUCAAAGACACCUCGAAAUUCAAGUUGAUAGGCUCUUCAGAUUGAAGGAGCUCAAAUCUUAUUCCGUGAGGAUAUCUCCAUUAAAAUCACUGAGGGAAAAACAACGGAGUGGUUGGAACAUGAAUGAGGUGCAUUCGCUGGUGAGUGUUUUUAUGACUGAAAAUGCAAUCCUCCUAUAUAUUUAUUUAAAAAAAAUUCGAUUCUUUAGGAAAAAAUCUGUAAAUUGUCAUUUAUUUAGCGUUUUAUAUACUCUGCCGAGAGCUUGAAUGUCUGAAAAAAAGGUGAUGAUGGCGGAUUCACAGAACUAGAGCAGCUUAGCUGCCAAAGAAAUCAUUUGGGCUCUUGGCAGAUUUGAGACAAUAUCGGGUAUCACGGAGUCGCAUUUUCUUCAUUCUAUUUAAGAAAUAUAUAAAUUAGUCCGAUUAUUAUAUCAAGGAGCAAAAAAUUCUUUUGUUAAAAAAAUUAUCCAUUUUUAUUAUUAAAAAUGGAUCCCGACAAGUUACACGUGACACCUUAUAUGUGUCACAUGUAACUGUUUGAUUAUUUUAUCAGUCAUAUUAAAUUUUAAUAAUAGCAAAAGAAUCAAUUUGUUCAUUGAUAUAAUGUGUAAGAAUUAACUUGUUAAUUAUUUUGAGUAAAAAAUCAAAUGUAAUUAAAAGAACAACAUUUAACAGGUUUCUUUGAAAAAAUUAUCUCAUUUUCUAC